AUGUUUCAUAAAGGAAUUUCAUCAUCUCUCAUUUUCCGACGACAUACACACAUUUCAUCUUUUAGCUUGAGUGAUAUUGAGCAUGGUCUUCUUGUCGAUUUCUUCCAUCAUCUUCUACAACGGGCCAAAACCCUUCGACACUGCCAGCAGGUCCACGGCCAAGUUCUUCUCACCGGUUCAGACAAUUCUGCAUUUCUUGCCUCCAGACUUGUCUCUCACUAUGCCCGUUUUGGCCUCCUGGGCGAUGCCCAAACUGUCUUCGAGACAACCCCUGUAUGUUGUAUUUCCAAUUCACUUUUGUGGAAUUCCUACUUGAGGGCUAUCUUUUCACGCGGGAAACACCAAGACACCCUGAAGAUUUACUGUCGGAUGCGAAAUCUUGGGGUUGCGGCUGAUGGCUACACUUUUCCCCUUGUUUUAAGGGCUUGUGGGGAAAUGGGUGUGCCAAAUUUGUGUAGGUUUGUUCAUUGCCAUGUUUUACAUGGGGGUCUUUUUCACAAUAUACAUGUUGCUAAUGAAUUGAUCGGAAUGUAUGGUAAACUGAGCCUAAUGGAGGAUGCCCGCAAAGUGUUUGAUAGAAUGCUUCUCAGAAGUCAUAUUUCGUGGAACACCUUGAUCUCGGGGUACUCAACAAACUAUGAUUGUGUAGGCGCUCUUGGAAUCUUCCAGUUAAUGGAAAUACAAGGAGUGAAACCAAACGUCGUCACCUGGACAGCUUUACUGUCAAGCCAUGCUAGGUGCAAACGUUAUCUCGAGACUUUACGGUUUUACUGUGAAAUGAGAAAGACGGGGAUCCAAACUAACGCAGAGACACUUGCGGUUGUAAUUUCUGUUUGUGUUGAUUCUGGCGCAGUUGAUAAAGGUGAGAUAAUUCAUGGAUAUGUGAUAAAGGGUGGGUUUGUAGACUACUCCUUCGUCAAUAACUCGCUAAUAUGUCUAUACGGGAGGAAUGGAGACACAAAAACCGCGAGAGGUUUGUUUCUAGAAACGAAGCACAAGAAAAUAGAAACUUGGAAUGCUAUGAUAUCAUCUUAUGCAGAGUCUGGUUUCUGCGAAGAGGCCUUAGCGGUAUUUAAAGAGUUGGAGAUGUCUGAUCAGGAGUUUCCAAAUGUAGUGAGCUGGACUGCUGUUAUCAACGGUUAUGUGUCCAACGGGCGCGGUGAGGAAGCAUUAGACCUCUUCAGGAAAAUGCAACAUGCCAGAGUGGGAGUCGUCGCCAAUUCUGUUACUAUUUCCAGUCUCUUGUCGGCUUGUGCAGAUUUCUCAGCGUUAAGAGCGGGUAAGGAAAUCCAUGGCCAUUUAGUUAGAGCUGUGAUGGACUGUAGUACUAGUCUAGUUGGAAAUGGUUUGAUCAACAUGUAUGCAAAGUGUGGCUCCCUAAAAGAAUCUGAUUAUGUUUUCAAGAGAAUUGAGUGCAAGGACACAAUCUCGUGGAAUUCGAUGAUAGCUGGGUAUGGUUCGCACGGUCGUGGGGAGAUUGCUUUAUAUAUGUUUAGCAAGAUGAUUGAAUGCGGUUUUGAACCGGACAAGGUUACUUUUGUGGCAGUCCUCUCUGCUUGUAGCCACUCAGGGCUGGUGGCUGAGGGUCUUGAGAAGUUUGAUCUGAUGAUGAGAGAGUAUGAUAUUGCACCUGGGAUUGAGCAUUAUUCGUGCGUGGUUGAUCUUCUUGGUCGAGCCGGGCUUUUACAACAGGCGAACGAAUUCGUUAGAAGUAUGCCCAUUGAGCCUAAUGAGCACAUCUGGAGCUCUCUUCUGCUUUCCUGCACUAGAUAUAAAGACGUUGAUGUAGCUGUUGAAGGAGAAGUUGUUUCUUGGGUUUCUAGUACUAGUCUGGGUUAUGAAUCAACUCCAGGGAACUACAUGUUGCUGUCCAAUAUGUAUGCGGCAAAUGGAAGAUGGGAGGAUUCAGCUAAGGUAAGGGUGUCUGCAAAACUCAAGGGCUUAAAGAAAGUCCCUGGUUGGAGUUCGAUUGAGGUCGAGAAACAGGUAUAUACAUUCACAGCAGGAAAUAGUCUGGCCACAGGUAUGAAUGAAGUUUUGAAGAGUUUGGCCUGUCACAUGAAGAAGAAGAAGAAGAAGACUGAAGAAGAAGGCCAACAAAAUAUGCAGGUCCAUAUAUAUCCUCGUUAGAAUUACAUUUCUCAUAAUAUAAUUAUUGUAUUUGAUAAAACUGAAAAUGAAAGUGUCGAACAUGCAUGGUUUAGAAUUGUCAAUCUCUGUCCUCCAAUAUAGGCUUGCUGCCAUGCUGGUGAAAGUUAGAGAUUGCUGUUGUUAAGUCCUGUUGCAUUAUCCAUGCUGCAGGAACAUCCAUUUGCAAUGGAAGCUCUGAUAAUCUCUCUUCUUCUUCUUCUUCUUCCUCUUCUUCAUCUUCUUCUUGUUCUUCAUCUUCCUCUUCUUCUUCUUCUUGGUGGACAAUAUAUUUCUGUUGUUGUUCUACUGUAACUCUAACUUGAUGAUGGUUGUUAUCCACAUUGUGAUCAUUUGAUAGGACUGAUUCCUGAUCAUGCUGCGGAUGUUGUUGUUGUUGUUGUUCUGCAGGGGCAUCAUCAAUAUGAGCUUGAAGAUGAUGCUGCUGCUGAUGAUGAGGAUGGAAACCUA